CGCCCCAUAACAUUGCUGAGAAAAGAUACAGAAAAAAAUGUAGAUAUUUACAUAUAUAGUGCAAGGUCACAGAAACUUCAGUUUAAAUUAACAAAGAUUUUGCCAUAGCUAAGAACUGGUCAGAGUCAAAUGAUAAUUAGAUAUAUAUUUAGAAUGUUGGUAUAAACAAAACCUAUCGCUGACAGUUGACAAGUAUGAAAGCACAUAUGCAUCGGUAUUUGAAUGAUAAAGCAACCAAUGCAGGAUUAUACUCUCCAACGUUGGCUCAAACGUCUUGUACAUAACUUGGGACGAGCAGGCGCUUCGACUGUAAUGCAAAAGUGGUAGCGGCUUGUUCAUGUGUUGCACCCCGUUUAAAGAAACAAUCUUGUAUGUGUGCAUUAGCGUUUCUUUGUGCCAUUGACAAAAGACUGCAACGUACAAUAUUUAUCCAUCUGAUAGAAGGCUGAUAAGAUUAAAACAUAACAUUUCUGAAGUAAAAACAGAGAAUUGCUAAACUUGAAGGUACUGUCAAUGAAGAGCAGCUAAGAAUAUCGGUGAGGAUAACUCGGAUUGAGUUUGUAUCACCCCAUUGGUUUGCAAAUUACUUUAGAAUCGUUUAAGCAUCAGACAAAACACUUGAGAAAGACGUCUACACGUUUUUUUAUAUACAAGAUCGUAAAUUAAAUAAAUUUUCCUUCCUCGACGUUUGGAAUAUUAUACGGGAUAGAAGUUGAUUAUUAAAAAAGAUCUCAUUCUACUUCUGACUUCAAGAAGAAAAUUUUAUAGUUGUUUCUUUAUUCAUUUUUGAAUGGCAAACAUGGCCUUUGAUAUAUCUACAGCAGUUUCCUUGAGAAAUUUUCCUGAACAAAACUUACCUGACUGUGACAAUGCUAUUGUCAACAAUGACCCCAUCUCUCCAGAAGCCACACCCCAGGUAUACUUAAGUGUCUUUUGGCAGAAUGAACAGCUUGGUGUUGCCUGCUAUGAUGUAGAUACAACUGAAAUUAGGAUGAUGUUUGACACACAGGAGACUGAUAACUUUUUGACAUUGCUCUCAGUUAUUGCUCAGGUUCAACCCACCUAUGUAAUAAUUAGUGCUAAACAAGAUGAAAGGAUUUUGAAAGUUUUGCAAAACUUUGCACACAAACCACUUGAAGCUGUUCCUGAGAAAGAUCUAGAUUAUAUCAAAUUCCUACCCAGUAUUGACUUCUCUUUGGAAAUUUGUAAACAGAGACUAAUGUCUCUAGAUCUAGCAACUAUACCAAAACAUUUCUUAGACAAUGAAAGAGCUUUAUAUUUAUCUUCCCUCAUUCCAUUUGACAAUGUGUGUAUGGUAAGAGCUGCUGGUGGUUUGAUAAAAUAUUUGGAGAAAAACCGUAUUGGAAUAGAAUUGGAAGAUAUAAAUGUUCGAGUGCCAUUUGUCAAUAUUCAAGUGUUUUCUCUGAACGAUCAAGUGAUAAUAGAUAACACAGCACUGUCUGCUUUGCAGAUCUUCCGGAAGGAAACUCACCCAUCAGUAUAUAAAUCUGGGCAGAGCUGUAGCAAAGAGGGAUUUAGCUUAUUUGGAAUUCUCAACAGAUGCAAAUCUCAACUUGGCAGCAAACUACUAAGACGCUGGUUUUUAACACCUACAAAAAAUGUAGAAAUUCUUCAACAGCGCCACAGUGCCAUUGCCUACUUUAUCAACAAGUGCCAAAGUGACAUUGUCCGAAGUCUUGAAGGAUGCUUACUGCAUAUCCGAAGUAUCUCUCGAAUAUUAAGCCGUAUGAAGCAGGCCCAGGUAUCAAUUGGAGAUUGGCAAAGAUUAUAUAAGACAGUAUACCAUGCAAUUUACUUAGCAGACAUAUGUAAAGCACAAGACCAACAAAUUUCUGUCUUUAAAAAGAUCAGUUCCACAUUCACAGAAGAUCUUCACAGAAUUGCUACUUUGAUUAACAAAAUAGUCGAUUUCGCAGAAUCAAAAGCCCAGAAUCGCUUUGUUGUGAAAGCCAAUGUUGACCAAAAUUUGGAUGACAAGAAAAGAACCUACAAUGGUUUACCAUCGUUCAUGACAGAAGUUGCUAAGGAGGAACUGAAUCGUCUCAGUGAAGACAUAACAGAAUGUAAUGUUGUAUAUUUACCACAGCUUGGUUAUUUAUUAGCAAUCCCUUGCUCAGAUAAUUUGACAUCAGAGGCACAGUUCCAUAUUCCAGGACUUGAAUUUGUUUUUUUAUCCAAUAACAUGAUACACUACAAAAGUGCCAGCACUAGAAAUUUAGACAAGAUUUUAGGUGACACACAAUGUGAGAUCACUGACCAUGAAACAGCAAUAAUGCAUCAACUACAGGACACUAUAUUGGAACAUUGUCAAGUAUUGUUUAAUGUCAUGGAUUCUGCAGCAGAACUGGAUUGUCUUAUAGCACUUAGUCUUUGUGCUCAAGAAUUUGGCUAUGUCCAACCAGCAUUCACCUCUGAAAACGUAAUUGAUAUCAAAACUGGCAGGCACCCAUUGCAGGAGAUUGUAUCCAGUCCAUAUGUUGCCAAUGAUAUCACAAGUGGUGGACCGCAUCCAAAACUGAAGAUAUUAACUGGGCCAAAUGCAUCUGGUAAAAGUGUAUACCUGAAACAGGUAGCCCUCAUUCUUUACAUGUCCUACAUUGGCAGCUUCAUUCCUGCUGAAAGUCCCAGCACUGUUUGUACUGUUGACAGGAUCUUUACUCGUAUUAAGUCUCAAGAAAGUGUCUCUGUUGGGUUGUCAACUUUCAUGCUUGAUAUUAACCAGAUGUCAGAUUGUCUGAGACAUGCAACAGGUCGAUCUUUGGUCAUUGUUGAUGAAUUUGGUAAAGGAACAGAAUCGGUUGAUGGUUUGACAUUGUUGUGUGCCAGUCUCCGUUACUGGCUCACCAUGGAGAAAUGCCCACAUGUUUUGGUCAGUACCAACUUUCACGACAUUAUAGAACAGAAACUGCUACCUGCUUCACCAACACUUGAAUAUCUGACAAUGGAGACCUUGUGCAAUAAAGACGAAGUUGUCUUCCUCUACCAAAUCACCAAAGGUUUCUCUGACUGUAGCUUCGCCAAUGAAACAGCAUUGCAAGCUGGAUUACCUGUGGAAAUUGUGGAGCGUGGCAAAAUGAUUUCCAAGUUAAUUCAAGAGAACAAACCAAUAUAUAACAUUGAUACUGCAAAGCAAGACUUAAAGUUUAAAUGGUGCCAGUUGUUGGUUGAGCGUUUCUUAAAACUUGAUCUUUCAUCUGAGAACUUACAAGCCUUCCUUGAAGAUAUAAAAUUAUCACACAACAAGAUCAACAAGUUGUCUGCCCAGAAAGCCUGAGGCAUCUUUGCCAUUUAUUGUGUUUAUCUUGUUUUUGGUACCAGUUAUUGUCUAACUCCAUAUUGGCCCUUACUGAGCAGUAUCAUGUGACCAUGCUGCCUCUUUUUUCAUGAAUAGUUUAUCUCAGACUUCAUAAAUCUUGUCUCAUAUUUUAAGACUAGAAAGGGAAGUUUGAACAGGGUUUCACUGCUAUUUCUAGCGAGUUGCAUGAUCACUGAGAAAUUUCCUAUUGCUUUUGUUGUUGCUGUUAAUUCAUCUUCUUGAUUUAGUUGUUGUUCUUCAAGAUCCUUUAUGAUCUGCUAGAAAUAGCAGUCAAAUCCUUCUUAUCAUAAAAAAACAUAUAAGAUAAUGUGGUAAAAAAGAUCAGAUGGUCAUUGUUGAAAUACCUUUCAAUGUAAGUCUACUCAAUCAAGAUAACAAAAGUGCUAAACAACAACAAUAUCAUCAUUAUCUAAAGAGAAACUUGAUUGUUAUUUCUAAUAGGUUGAGUGACUGUUUAGAAGCUCUCUCAUUGGUUCAAUUUUGACGGCAGCUGAAUUGUUUUGGUUUCAGAUAUUUGUAUUUAUCAACAAGAAGAGGUGUGUGGUAUCUGACUGGUUUAUGGGCUGUAAAUAUUGUAGCACAUGACAGGUGACAUGAUAUAGAAUUUAUCUUGACACUUAGGUCUGGUGGGAAUUCUUUAAUUCUCUUAAGUGUGUGUGCUAGAUUUAAUGUGUUACCCUGUUUAAAUGUUUUCAAUAAUAAAUAUACAUAGCAUUUUAAUGGCUAUGAGGAAGCUAUUAGAUGUUGCACAAGUACUUAGCUUUGAAUACCCUGCUUCUCAUAGCAGAAACAGCUGUAAGCUAAUGAAGUUGAUUAUGUAAUACCUGUUCCUUUGCAUUCGAUAAUUAAUACAUACAUAGAUAUAUAUAUAUACAUAGAUAUAUAUAUAUAUAUAUAUAUAUAUA